AUGGCAUCCAACCGACAAGAGCGCUUGCAGAUGCGCCAGCGCGGUGCUGGCACACGCAAGAUACAAGCGGUCGAUUUUGGAUUCUCGUUUGGAUCGCCGACUGGAGGUGCCCCUGCAUUAUCAAUUGCGCAACAACUUGAAAGCGUGCCUGAAACUACGAAUGCUGUGGAGUCUACAGUUGAUACAACAUUUUCGAACACGACAGCGCCGGUUACUGAACGUUCAGCAAGAGAGACACCAACAAGGGCACUGCGAAAUAGUUUAGCUACCACGGAGUCUCCCCGCAGAUCAGGUAGAAAUUCGAUCCAUAGAGUCUCAACCUCGAAUACCACAACCCAGGAGCAGGAAGAAGGCCGCAGCAGCAAGCGGAGGAGGAUCAGCACUAAGAACGACAAUUUGAUUCGCCCGGCUGCGUCUGAAUCCGAAGCGAUCGUGAACCCGUCCCCUAAGUCCAUACGUGAAGAUAAUCCGCAAGACGAUGUACAAAAUGGCGUUGGUGCUAGUGAAGAACUUCCAGAAGCACCCAUGGUAGAUGUGGCUGGAGAUGAAGCUUUGCUAGAGACUACAACUAUCGAGCAGGAGGCGGAGCCCCAAGCAAUCGUCAAGACUAAGAGAAGAGGAAGACCAAGCUCUGCACAGUCCCAGACAAAUGGAGCCGCAGAUCAAAAACAACAGAACACCGAUCAGACUCGGAGGCGUUCGAUCAGACACAGUGAAAUCAACGGGUCGGAUCCUCCUAACGAAGAUACCAACCAAGACAGCCAGCGGGGACCAUCUAGGGCAAGAAGCAGACGAGGCGUAGAAAAGCAGUCAACAACGGAAAUUGAGCCAGAAGUCGACCGGGAACGGGAACAGGAAGAUAGAAUACCAGAGUCAAGCUUGAAGAAACGCGGGCGAAGACGCAAAGACCAAGAGCAACCCGAACCCGAACCCCCCGAGCAGCAAAACGAAGAGGAAAACAACGAACCGACACAAAAGGCUCCGCGUGGCAGGAGGAAGCGCUCCAGACUCUCAACAGAACACAUUGAAGUAGAAGAGCCUCAGGAGGAGAAAGAAGAUACGACGACACAAACUAGAAAUAAACACAAAGGCAAGAACAGAGCGGUCGAGCCUGAUGCUGAACGGUCCGUUGUCGAGGAAACGGAAGAGCGCGCUGAAGAGACUCAGAAGUUACAAGAAGACAAAGCAAGGAGGAAACAACAACCACAAGAAAAUGGUGAAAGUUCCCGACGCAGGGGUCGUCCAUCCCUUGGCAAGGGACAGGAGCCUCGCCCAGGACCAGAGACCACGCAGACCAUAGAGACAAGACCUGAAGCGAGCCCUGAAGCAGUCCAAUCAGCAACGCGACGGCGCAGAAGACCAUCGGGAGGUACCACAGAAGCCAAACCAACCAGCGUACAACGCACCAAUCGACGGCGAGAACAAGAUGAAGAGCAAGAACCACGCCGACGCGAAGGAACUGUCUCAAUCACCGUCCACCGUCUCGCAAACACACACAUUCUAGACUCAACACAUGCAACCUCCGACCCGUCCGAUAAUGAGCAGGACUCAACCGACGAACUCGAGGCCGUAGGCAAGAAAUUCCCCAGCCGCAACGGCGUCAACGCAGCCGACGUCCUAUCCCAAAUCUGCAAAGAGAUACUCGAGAAACAUCUAGCCACACUAGACAACAACAUCGCCAACGACGCAGCCAACCAAGCCAAGCGGUCUGAAUAUGCGCGACAACGCAAAAGCAUUGAGGCCUACGGGGCGCAAUUGGAGGGUCGACUAUUUGAGCUUAGCGAGUUACUUGAUAGCAAUUUCGCGUUGGGAGUGCAGCUGAAAAAGGCGAAGCGAGAGGCCGCUGAGAUGCGGAAUCGGCUACUCGAGGUGCGCCGACAGAGACAGGAGAUUACGCUACGAAUGGAUGCUGUGCGGCGGAAACAUGGUGAGGAGGAGAAUGCGAAGAUGUCUCGCAACGUUAUCAAUAAUACCCUACACAACCUCGACCUCACACUCGAUCGGAAUCGCAAUAGGGCAGCCGACGGCGUUGAAACAGAAGGCAACGGUGUAACCGGUCUCGAGUUCUUACUCCGCAGCGUGUCGGAAAAUGUGAGUUCAUCUGCUGAGGGAUCGUAUGGCGGACUGUUGAGGCAGGUCAAGGCUUUUAACGCACAGUUGGAGAUGACUGCCAGGAAGUUGGAGCGGUAG